AUGAUCUAUUGGCUAUGUUUGAAUUUAAUAGUGUCAGAAAAGAGUUAAAAUGUGGGUCUGACAGUCCUAGUGAAUGACGCAGGGGUUUAAAGGGUUGAAAUCAGCCUGCGAGGCAAAACUCAGGGGAUAUCCGUAGGAAUACAACAGAAAUUUACCUGCUAGAACUCGUAGUUUUCCAAAAGACAACAACACAGGUGAACAGGCUCGGGACUGAGAAGCUAUUAGCGUUAAAUGAUGGUGUCAGCUAUAAUAUUAUCAUUGUUAUCGCAUUACUAUUAUUAUUACUGCUACUGUAAUCCAAGCUCUGCUAUCUACUAUCUACUGCGCCACAGCCGAACAUAACUGUAAAGUAUCUAACCGUAACACACCAUUUGUGGGCUGUCGCUUGUAGUCUGUCGCUGUGUGUGUUUUUCUUACAUCUAAUAAAACUUUAACUGCUUAUCAGUUAAAUGAUUUGUAUGAAUUUCUGUCAAAUUUUGCGAGACGUCGCAGUCUGUAUUUGGGGAAGUUUUCUUCUAUCUGAUCUAGGUCUUUGUGCGGCGGCUCCGUUACCAUGGAGACGAGUAUUGAAACAAGCGUUGAUCCGAGCGUCAUCAGUCUGCGUGGACAAAAUCCUCAACUGAUAAACAAGACCAUAUUAAAGCUUCCGAUGUGCGAGGGGCCUUCAUCAAUAUCCGGGCCGAUCCCCCCAGAUCCUUCUCUGUUUCCUCAGUACUACAAACGACCUGCUUCAGCUCGUGGUCGUUUAGAGGGAAACCAGGAUGGGACUUUGACCCUGCUCUCAGGGCCGCUCGCUCCAGAUCCUGUGUUGUACCCUGGCUGCUACAGUGCUCGUACCCCAGCACAUCCUCCACGUGUCAGCCCUAACGCCACCCAUAUUCUGGAACGAGCACAGAGAGGAGUUGUGGGGGAAUUACUCAAACUAGACGGGGUCUCUAUCACACAAGUUCCCAGACAGAAACAGCGAGUACAUGACUUUGGUAAAGAGAAUGUGCGACGGCUCCGAGAAAUCCAGAAACGCUGCAAAGAGCAGGAGGCUGAACGAGCACAGUCCCGUCCUGCUCCAGUCAAAGCUCUUUGGACCGCCUCCAAAUACCAGAACGUCCCAUCCAGGGUCAUGGCCCAGCUACAGGUUUCCAGCCCAUCUGUUAAACCACAGUGUCAAAACUUUCUGAGGGGUCACUCAAACAGCGGAUCUCCGCCCUCACAAAGACCACACUCAAAAGCUUCUCCUGUGACUAUGCAACGCCCCGACUCUGGUGCCUCUACAGAGGACCAGAACUUGCAAUUACAGAUUAAAGGCCAGAUGAUAGACUUCAUAAAAUAUAAUGCACGGGCUGCAGGAAAGACUCAGCUGCAUCGGUCCCAGUCCCUUACAAACCUCAAAGAUAAGCCGGUGCCCAGUGCAGUCAAAGGACAGGUGCCGCAGUAUCUUAAGGAAAGGAAGGAGCAGUGGCGUAAAGAGGAAGAGGAGAGGAGGAGGAAUGCACCUGAUCCUGCCACUCCAGCUGGUCACACCUUGAUGCCUGAGAGUGAAAGACAGGAAACACUGCAGUCCCUCAAAGAGACCCAUCGCUCCCUGGUGACAGAGCUGCUGUCGCUCCCGCUCAAAGCCGACAACCUGAGUUUUCGCUCACGUCGGGCUCAUCUUGAUUGCAGGCUUUCUGAAAUCGAGGAGGCCAUUAAAAUAUUUUCCAGGGACAAAGUUUACAUAAAAAUUAAUUCCUAACACACGAGGAGGAAAAUAAGGAGAUGGUCCUGUAACUCCACUUGCUGAAUUGAGCAUGCUUUUCAUUUUGUUGUUACAUUAUGUCACAUAACACUGAACCUUGAAACAUAGCUCAUUAUGUAAGAGUUGUGAGUAGAGCUGAAACGAUUAAUCAAUUAGUUGUCAACUAUUAAAUUAAUUGCCAACUAUUUUGAUAAUCGAUUAAUCGUGGUUUUUUUCUGCUUUUAUCGAACAUCACAAACAUACAGACAUUCAGCAGCUUAAUAGAAAAUAUGCAUUCUUAUGUAAUUAAAAAUAUCAUUGUUCUCUCGUU